AUGGCUUCUCAAGAUUCUUUAAUCAUAGGUUCUGAAACUCGCCCACCUGUCCUCUAUCGUGACUGCUAUCCCCAAUGGAGGAAUCGUUUUCUGAACUGGGUUGCUAAACAACCUAAUGGUGCUGAUGUAAAGACAUCUCUCAAAGAAGGACUGGCUAUUCAUAGAAAUCCUGUAACUAAAGAAAUUUUACCACCCGAGAGUUGGAAUACCACUCAGAGAAACCGAUCCCAAGCAGAUGAUCUUGCUGUUACAUAUCUGUACUUUGCUCUGCCUAAUGAAAUAUAUCGAAACGUUGAUUCGUAUACCACUGGGAAAGAAAUUUGGGAUGAACUUGAAAAACAGUUUCAAGGGUCAGAAAUCUCAACAACCAUUCGACUUUCUUUUGUAAUUGAUCUGUAUGAGACCUUCAAACAGGAGAAAGGGGAACCAUUAGUGAAAACAUAUGAUCAUUUCUACAAUGUGAUCAAUGAUUUAAGAAAAGAAAAGAUAAACGUUCAACCAGAUUUUAAUAAGCUUAACAUUCACAAUCUCUAUGAAAAGUUGAGAUUGAAUGAAAAAGCUGUUCUGAAACAAGAAGCAAAAUUUCAAGAAAGUUCUUCCACUGAUCCUCUUGCUCUUAUGGCCAACAGAAUGUCACAUCUCUCUAUGAACUCCAAUGAUGAAAACACCUUUUCUGAUCUUGGUGAUAAUGAUCUCAUCGAAUCUGACAUGGAUGAUAAAGAAAAGGAGAUGUGCAGAGAUCUUGCAUAUUUUACUCGAUCCUUCAAGAAAAAGUAUAUGACAAGAAGACCGACUAAUAAUCAACUUCGAACAUCUUCUGUUUCAUCUUAUGUCAAGAACAACCAAGCUCCUAAAUUUGAUCAGUAUCCGAGAAACACAACUGGUGAAAAGAAGUUUGAAUCUCCAAGGUCACUUGAGAAGAAAGUUGCUGAAAGGAAACCUAAAGAAAGGAAAUGCUACAACUGUGGUCAAACUGGUCAUUUAGCAAUCAAUUGUUCCAAGCCUCGUCAGAAGAACUCCACAUACUAUCAAAACAAACUCAUGUUAGUGAAGCAACAAGAAAGUGGAGUUGCUCUUUUUGCUGAAGAUGACAAAUGGCUACAUCUCUCUGAUGAAGAAACUGAAGAACUUGCUGCUAAUGUGUGCUUCAUGACUAAGAUCAAGCGUUCCAAUGAGCUGAGUGACGAAGGUAACAAAUCAGAAACUGAUGAUGAUGAGAAGGACUUUAAAGAUCUUUCAACCAGUAAUGCAUCGGUUUCAUUUACUGCUUCUUCUGAAUUACAUCUUGCCAAUCAAGAACUUGAGCUCAAAGUAUUUGAACUAAACAAAACCAUCAAAGAUUUAAAAAUUGCUCAAUCAAAUGAAAUGUUUAGAGCAAAUGCUUUGGCUGAAGAUCUUGAAGCCCUCCAGUCUAAGUUCAACAGUUCCAACCCUUCUGUGAAAGAAUUACAAAAUCAAAUUUCUGAUUUAAAUCAUGCAUGUUGCAUAAAAGAUUCUCAGAACCAAAAACUUGAAAAUAAAAUUGAUGAACUCACUGAUUAA